CAGGGCGCUUUACGCGGAAGUCGGAGGCACUCCAGUCCCAGCCUCCUCUGGGAGCGGGCUGUGGAUGACCGGUGCUGAUCCGCGCUUCUCGGUUUCGAUCCCGUGCGCGCUCUUUGAGGGUGCCGGGACAGGUUGAAGCCAUGGCCAUUCUAUUUGCUGUUGUUGCCAGGGGAACCACUAUCCUUGCCAAACAUGCUUGGUGUGGAGGAAACUUUUUGGAGGUGACAGAGCAGAUUCUGGCUAAGAUACCUUCUGAAAAUAACAAACUAACGUAUUCACAUGGCAAUUAUUUGUUCCAUUACAUCUGUCAAGACAGGAUUGUAUAUCUCUGUAUCACUGAUGAUGAUUUUGAACGGUCUCGAGCUUUUACUUUUCUGAAUGAGAUAAAAAAGAGGUUUCAAACUACAUAUGGUUCGCGAGCACAGACAGCACUUCCAUACGCCAUGAAUAGUGAGUUCUCAAGUGUCUUGGCUGCACAACUGAAGCAUCACUCCGAGAAUAAGGGCCUAGACAAAGUGGUGGAGACUCAAGCUCAAGUGGACGAACUAAAAGGAAUAAUGGUCAGAAACAUAGAUCUGGUGGCUCACCGUGGAGAAAGAUUGGAACUACUGAUAGACAAAACAGAAAACCUUGUCGAUUCAUCUGUCACCUUCAAAACAACCAGCAGAAAUCUUGCCCGAGCCAUGUGUAUGAAGAAUCUGAAGCUCACUGUUAUCAUCAUCAUUGUAUCAAUUGUUUUCAUCUAUGUCAUUGUGUCUCUUGCCUGUGGUGGAUUUACAUGGCCAACCUGUGUGAAAAAAUAA